AUGGAUCAGAUUAAGACUAAAUUGACCUCGGUGGCCACUACAGACAGUUACCAUGGUGACGCGUUUAUCAUGAUGUUUAUCGGCGAUGGAUAUAACGAGCAGAUCAUUGGCUGGAGACCCGAUACAGAGAACGAAUGGCCGCCACCGGCGGGCGAUUGUAUGGCCUUCAGUGAAAUAGUGGCCACAUUUGGCUGGACUCGUGCGCCCGCAUUGCGCCAAAAGACAAAGGUGUUUAUUAUCAACUGCGAUCGUUUAAAGGUAUCGAUUGAUAAGUACGACACGAUUGUUGAUAAACGUGGACAUCCCAUGUGGCAUAGUUCUGAUAAAGAGCAUGGUCAAAUUGGUUGCGCUAGUCAAUUCGGUCAAACACUGAGUCAUACAAUAGCGCAGUACUCGGCGUAUAAAAGUCUGAUUGAGAUGUUUGUUAUGACAUUAAACCGUAUGGAAGAAGAUUUAAUGGAUAGCGAAUAACGUUAUAAACAGAGGCCUGAAAUUGAAUUGUUUGAAGUGACCAAAGAAAUUUACUUUAA